AUGGCCCCAAACCAUUGCCAAGUAUUUCUGGGCACUCGACCCGUACUAAUGGUUGCCGACCCGGAAGUCAUCCGAGACAUGAAUAUCAAACAUUUCCACGCGUUUGUGAAUCGACAUAAUUUCACACUAAAUAGUGUCAUGGUAGAUCGAUCACUGUUUAACCUUAUGGGAGACGAGUGGAAAACCAUGCGAUCUAUUAUUACGCCGACGUUUUCGAGUGGGAAAAUGCGGGCAAUGCAUCCCAUUAUCAUUGAUUGUGUCCACAGAUUAGACAACUAUUUAGAGACCAAAGCCAUGAUUGGAGAAGACGUGGAGAUGAAGGAAACGAUGGGAAGCCUAACGAUCGAUGCAAUCGCUUCGUGCGCUUUCGGCACCAAAAUAGACACAUAUAAUGACCACAAGAAGACCAAUGAAUUCCUAUUAUAUUCACAAAAGUCAUUGCAUCUCAAACUGUGGAGGUGUCUGGUGUUUGGGGCCCACAUGCGAUCUAUUGUGAGUUUAAUUGAGUUAUGA